UCCCUCCCCCAAACCAAAUCCCUCGCCGUCGGCCGCCUCCCCCUCCACCGGCGGCCAUGGGCGACCCUCAGUUUACCAUCGGCACCUCCAUGAGCGAUAUACUCGCCACCAUGGAGCGCGACGGCCACGACCCUGCGACGAUCUCCCUCGGCAUAAACGCGAUGCUCUGCUUCGUGUACGACUACCUGCCGGAGCCGCCCGUCUCCCUCACCGCCUCCCUCUCACUCGCCGGCGCGUCGUGGGUCCCCGACGGCGUCGACCGCAUCAGCCGCCUCCCCGAUGUGCUCCUCCGCGACAUCAUCUCUCGCCUCUCCGCCAAGGACGCCGCGCGCACCGCCGCCCUCUCCUCGCGCUGGCGCCCGCUCUGGCGCUCGGCGCCCCUGGCUCUUUUCGACAUCAAUCUCUUUCCGGGCGGCGACGCGUCUCCCUCUCCCUGCGCAGUCACCGCCGCGGUGUCCGGCGCCCUCGCGGCGCACCCGGGCCCUUUCCGCUGCGUCCACCUCAUCUGCAGCACCAUGGACAAGCACCGAGGUGAAAUGGCGCGCUGGAUCGACAUCCUCGUCGCCAAGGGGGUCCAAGAACUCGUCUUUGUCAACCGCCCUUGGCCGAUAGACCUGCGCCUCCCCGCCACGAUCUUGAGCUGCGCCUCCCUCACCCGCCUCUACCUCGGCAUUUGGAGGCUCCCGGACACCGCCGCCGUGCCGCGCGGUGUCAGCUUCCCCAACUUCCGUGAGCUCGGCCUCUGCUGGAAUGUCAUGGAGGACCGUGACCUCGCCUUCAUGCUUGAAAGAAGCCCCGUCCUGGAGUUCCUCGGCAUAAUGGGGAGCCAGACCGGAGUGCGCGUCCGCCUCGUCAGCCACAGCCUGCGCUGCGUCCAGCUGGGCUUUUCUUUCAUGGAGGACAUCGACGUGGUGGAUGCCCCUCGCCUGGAGAGGCUCUUCCAAUGGGAAACUGUUUCCGCGGUCAAUAGCCGGGCCAUGGCGAACCGCUCUUUCAGAAUCAAGAUUGGCCAUGCACCUAACCUGCGUGUGCUGGGAUACCUUCAGCCUGGAGAGCAAGAGCUGGUCGUCGUGGUACAGAGCUGUAUCAAUUUGCAAGUGGCUGGGAGCAAGGAGAACAUUGUCCCUAGUGUCCAGAUUUUGGCCAUGGAGGUGCAGUUCGGUGCCCGCAAUGCUGUGAAGAAAGUGCCCGGCUUUCUCCGCUGUUUCCCCAACCUGGAGACUCUCCAUGUCCAGUCCCCCCGCAUACUUGAGGAGUCCAUCGGCAAGGUCAAUCUCAAGUUCUGGCAGGAGGGCGGCCCCAUCGAAUGCGUCCUGCGGAGCAUGAAGAAGUUGUUCUUCUACGAGUUCCGAGGGUCGAGAAGGGAGCUUUCCUCAAGUUUAUCACGGAGAGAGGUCGGGUGCUGGAGCAGAUGGUGGUUGUGGUGGCCAGUCAGUAUUUCUCCUCAGGGGACAAUGUCAAUGCCAAGCUGAAGCCUCUGGCCAAUGCAAAAUGGAGCAGCAAAGCUUGCAAGCUAGAGCUCUUCAGAAGCCCAUUCGAGGAGGUGUCAGAUCCUCCUUACUGCCACAAGAUAGCUUCUGAUUUUGGGUUUGCUGACCCUUUUGACCUCCAGUACUACUCCGAAGCAGAAGUGAUCUCUGUAAGUUAAUUAGCAGUAGCUCUUGUACAAGAGUCUUCUGGUACCUAGCUAAACCUUAUGUUGUCGUCAGACCUGGGAAGCUAUUUGAGCUGUGAAAUGCUUGUUUGUGCCAA